UAAAGGCGCGCCGUGAUAGGUUAGAAUUGCCUGUCCGUCAAACUUAGCUCUAUGUUUCAUUGGUGAUAGACUAGCCUUCGUCUGUGGACUCUCGCGGUACUGCUGCUCGAAGAUGGCGGCCGAACUGGUUGAAGCGAUGAACAUGGUUAAAAGUUUCCGGGUCUCAGACCUGCAGACGCUGCUGGCCUCUAUGGGUCGCAGCAAAAGUGGUCUGAAGCACGACCUUGUGGGGCGAGCGCUGAGGCUGGUGCAGACGGAGUACAGUCCUGAGCUUCUGAAAAAUGUCAGACAGCUCUAUGAAUCGCGCUUUCCCAAAACAUCUGGCUGGCUCGCAGCACGGCGCCCAGAGGGCAUCCCAGUUGCCUACCCAUCUCUCCGCUCCUCCCCCACUGCCACCUCUCAGGGCACUGACUACCUCAAUGGCAUUUCCAAACCCAUCACAGCACCUGCAGCUGAGGUCAAACUAGUGCCGCUGCCCUUCUACCAAACCCUCGAGACACUGCUGGCACCAACAGAGCUGGUUGCCCAGAACAAUGAGAAACUGCAGGACAGUCAAUGCGUAUUUGAGUUAACACCAAAUCAAGCAGACCAGAUAAGAAAUGCAAGCGAGCUUCGUCCCGGAAUCAGAUCAAUUCAAGUUGUACUUAGAAUCUGUUACACUGACUCCAUUGGUGUCCAAGAGGACCAGUACCCUCCUAAUAUUGCUGUCAAAGUCAACCAGUCCUACUGUCACGUACCGGGCUAUUACCCAUCCAAUAAGCCUGGUGUUGAACCACGUCGUCCUUGCCGACCUGUAAACAUCACUCCCUGGUUGCAUCUCUCCAGUGUCACCAACAGAGUCACCAUCACCUGGGGCAACUUUGGCAAGCGGUAUUCAGUGGCAGUGUAUUUGGUGAGGGUCUUCACUGCAGCAGACCUGUUCAGCCAACUGAAACUCUGCUCCGUAGAAAGUGCAGAACGCUGUCGUGAACGCAUCCAAGACAAACUUCGCUUUGACCCAGAGAGUGAAAUUGCAACUACUGGUCUUCGAGUGUCCCUCAUCUGUCCAUUGGUGAAGAUGCGUCUUGGUGUACCGUGUCGAGUCCUAACUUGUGCCCACCUUCAGUGUUUCGAUGCCGUCUUCUUCCUGCAGAUGAACGAGAAGAAGCCGACGUGGACCUGCCCCGUCUGUGACAAGCCUGCGCCUUUUAAGUUGCUUACAAUUGAUGGGCUGCUGUCUGAGAUUCUGAAACAGACGAGUGAGGACAUUGAGGAGAUUGAGUACCUAACUGACGGCUCCUGGCGACCCAUCAGCGACGAAAAGGAGAAGGACAGGGAAAGGGAACGCAGUAACACACCAGAGUACUCUGUGGUUGAUAUAUGCAAAACUGAAGCAAACGGUCAUUCACCGGCUCACAGCAGCACCAGCCAGACAGGCAAAUCUGGAAGCAGUUCAGUGGGGAUGUCAGGAGUCACAGGAGGAACUGCCGUGGCAACGGCAGGCGGUGCAGUGGUAGAUCUGACUCUGGACUCCUCCUCUGAGGAGGAAGGGGGUGGGGCAGGAGGAGACAGUGAGGACACAGAGGACAGCGCUGACAGUCCUGCCCCAAAGAGAGGCCGAUAUAACUACGACAAGGACCUGGUUACUGCCUACUGACCCCACAUCUCUGUCCCCUCAAAAGACUGACACACCAAGACAGAUGCAGGGGGCUUAUUACUUGAGGACAGAAACACAGUUAUCAACUCAAUGCAAUGAUCCUCCCUAAUGCCCACAAUUCAGAGCCUUUUAGCUGCUCUGCUUUAUACCAAUACAAAACAAGCCCACACUCAAAUAUAAACUGUAACGAGUCUACAAUCUAGAGUGAUUAGGGUUCCUUUUUGUACUGUACACCACUGGAAGGAAAAAAAUUAUUUUGGUCACCAUUCAUCUUGCAGUGAGUAUCUGUACCAACCUGUCUCUACUAAAGAAACUAAAAGGAUCGGGGCAUCCCAACACUACCGACCGCCUCCUUGUCACCUCUCCUCUGAGACCCCCACUUCCCCAAGACUCCUCUUCACUCUUUGUAUUUGACUUGGAAUUACUGGCUGCUUCAACCUUGGAUGAUCAAACUUUUUUUCUUUUCUGAUAAUUGUCACAGCCGUGACGAGUAGACGGGUUAAAAUGAAGGCUUCUCUGUUUUUCAUGAAAGGUGAAAGGCGACAUGUAGAAAACGCCAUGACACCAUUGGGGUAGACCAUUAGGGAAGAAUGUCGAGUGUGAUGCAAAUUGAAAACUUCUUCACCUAUGUUAUUGUUUCUUUGUUCAGAGAAUGAAUUUAGAGCUUCAAAGGUUUUCAGGAAUUCAUCCUUUUAAUUAUGAAAGGGCAGAACACACCACACUGGCUUCAGUGUGUUGAUUUUCAUUUUAAGUUUGUCCGUAGAUCAGAGAACCUACCUCAGUCAUAAAACUUAACAGAUUGAUCAGAGAGUAACAUGGGAAGAUUCAGAGACACAAGCUUUGAAACACAAGAAUUGAUGAGACUUUUUGAAGCCGAUUUUACACUGGAGAUGUUGUUUUCCUACAUUGUGUUGUUGUUUUUUCUUUUUUUCUUGUUUUUUUUUAUUUACUGCUCCACACAGCUCUGAUUCAUCUGCAGCAACAAUCUUUAUUAAGAAAGAUAAACUGUUUCAGUGCUAACUGCAGCUCACUCCCACCGAGGGCUACUGUGCCAGAUGUUUAAGAUAUCCACCCACAUGGAACUGGAAUACGAUUCUGGUGCCUUUGUUGUGAAGUGACAAAGGAUUUGAGCUUGUAGUUGUCCAACUACACCAACUGGCAGAUGAGUUUUUAUUUUGUUUAGGUUUUUGUUUGAACUUUUCCAGUUUGAGAAACAGUGGCCCAGAGAGGUGGAGAUGUAGGAAGAGGCUUUGGCUUUUUCUGUAUUUUGGCAAUCUUUAAGUAUCAUAUUUUAAAACAUCAAUCUCUUAACAGGCAUUUUGUAAUAAUAAGUUCCUGUAGUUUUUUACCACUUGCUGCUUUAUAAGGAUCUCUGAGUUUUCCUGUGCGAGAACCAGUCCCAGAGUGGAAAUGAAAAGGUUUUCCUCCUGUACUUAUUGAACAUGUCCAACAACACCAAUAUGAAAAGUCAUCUGUUGCAACCCCAACAUACGUCAAGUCACAUACACAUUAGUGUCCUGCCUGGAAAAAAGUGGAACCGAUUCAACCAUCUAUCACUGUUGGCCUCCCUUAAGUGGGAGUGAGGUUGUAUCUGCUGGAAUAGAUUUGGAUUUUAGUUGCUCUGUACUGUAGGAUCACAAAUAAUAUUCCACUUGCAGUAGUAUUCUUAGGCUAUAACUGCUAUACUUCAGCUGAGGAUAAACAGGCUACAUGUGGAUGUUAUGAUUUGUCUGCAGGAAGUUUGCCAGCAUGAGCCAAAAGAGAAUGUGUUGUUCACCUAGCUGUUAGCACUUUGAUGUGUUUGCAUCAGCCUCCGUUUAUGGCUCAACCACCUUGACACCUUCCUGUGCUCAGAUUAAUGAUCGUCUGCAUAGGGGAACAUGAAAUGAUGACAGGAGGGCAACCUUACAGCAUAGAAAGAAUAACAGAUCAGUUGUAAAGACUCGACCUCUGUGAUUCUUUUCGCUGGGCUUCGUAUACAAGCGCUGGUUUUCAGUAAUAGAGCUUUUCAAAUAAAUAACAUUUAGACAUUGAUGGACGUCUCAUGGAGAGACACAGAUGAUAAUUAGGUGGAAAAGUCAAAUGUGGUUACCUUUUUAUGUCAAAAAUAUGUAACCACCAAAAUGUAUGAUAUUUGCUUCUUUUUACAUUUGAGUCAAAACUUCUUAAUAAGCUGCUUGGAAACAGAUGAUUAAGAGAAACUCCCCUUACUGUUGUCACUGAAGUCGUUUAAUUUGAAAGUAAAUGCUCUACAGACUAAAAGAUUUUUUUCCGGACACAGGAGCGUUAUUUUGAAAGGCUCUUAGAAACUUUGCCUUAUCUGUAAAGGUGCAGGUGCAGGUUGCUGCUGUGGAUCUGAGCCUCAUUUGUCUGCAGGUAGAUUUGGAGCUGGAGAAAAACCUACGGCCUGGUCUUGUUGUGGAAUUUCUUACAGUGAUGCAUAAGGUAGCAUGGGUAGAGGCGUACAAUCCAUGAUGUAAAUGUUUUGUUUGUUUGUUGUUGUUUUUUUUUUUUUUUUACAUGUUCAUAUUAAAAGACAAUAAAACUAAAUAAUAUUUUAUUAAGCCUUGAAUUGCUUUCAGUUGUUCCUGCAAACGAGAAGCUAGUUAGUGCAGCUGAUGCCACUGAUGACUGGUUAAGGUGUAAAUUGUUCUGUCCUGUACCAAAUGCUCCGACCUGAGAACGCAUUUGAUGCCUGUUGAGGAUAAAACUGUAACAUUUAAAAUGAUCGUCUUCUAACAGCUGUUAGUGAUGUGUGGAAUUCAUUAAAUUCAAUUCUUUUAAAAAUGUCUGCCAUCAUUUAUUUAUUUUGAAUAUAUCCAAGACUUUGUUGUUAAAAGAUAACAGAUUUUUUUCACUGAUCUGACUGGACUGAGUUUUGAGCCUAAUGCUGUCCUGGAAAAACAUUCCUCCUUGUUCAGUGUUCUGUGGACAUACAUUGUGCUUAGAAAUGUUGAAAAUUGUACAAAAUGAAAGAAGCUCUCAAAAACAAACAUUGAAGACCAUUUCAUCAAGAACAAUGAGGGAAAUUGGUCUUUAAAGACUGAAAUGUGAAAGGUUCAAUGGGAGCGAUUUCAGGACAUUUUCUGACAUUUAUUUCAUGCAUUUUCUUUUCUGUCUGUAGGGCUUGGAAAUGAUUAUUGUUUUCUUUCGAAAGGCUGCUUCUUCUAAAUGUCUGCAUCAAUAAAUUGCUUAAGCAGU